GACGGAUUUUUACGCACGGGGAAGUGCUACUGACUGUAUGCAUAUUGUGCGCCUUAACUACAAUGCAAUUAAACAAUAUCAAACUUAGAAGAACGAAAAAAUACUGAUAAUUAAUUAUGGUGAAUAAGGGCCCUUUAUGGAAAAGGGUGAGGUCGUACAAUGGACCUCUUCCCCGGGCGAGGCACGGGCAUCGGGCAGUCGCCAUCCGGGAGUUGGUGGUUGUGUUUGGAGGUGGAAACGAGGGAAUAGCGACCAACCUGCAUGUUUAUAACAGUGUGACCAAACAGUGGUUUCUGCCAGCAGUAAGAGGGGACAUCCCACCCGGAUGUGCCGCUCAUGGCUUUACCUGUGAAGGCACACGGAUCCUGAUGUUUGGAGGCAUGGUCGAAUUUGGCCAAUAUACUAACAGUCUCUAUGAAUUGCAGGCUAGUCGAUGGCUUUGGAAGAAGCUGAAGCCCCGCCCACCGAGGAACGCAUCACCUCCAUGCCCACGGAUUGGUCACAGCUUCGUUCUCCAUGCCAACAAGUGCUACCUCUUUGGUGGCAUGGCCAAUGACAGCAAAGACCCAAAUGGCAAUAUACCACGGUAUUUGGAUGACUUCUAUGAACUGGAGCUGCAAGCUCAGUCUGGAGUCAAAGGCUGGAACAUUCCAGAAACCAAAGGUGGAGGUCCAUCCGCCAGGGAAUCCCAUAGUUCUGUGGUUUACUGUGGGAAGGGUGGCAGUGCCCCAAAGCUCUACAUUUUUGGGGGUAUGUGUGGGCAUAGACUGAAUGACUUGUGGCAGCUAGACAUUGAAACUAUGAAUUGGUCAUUACCUCAAACCAGAGGGCAUGUUCCACUUCCCAGGAGUCUACACACCUCCAAUGUGAUGGGAAACAAGUUAUAUGUGUUUGGAGGUUGGGUUCCUGUUGGAGAGACAGAGGACACGCUCAAUUCUGAUGGAGUCAAAUGGGUCUGCACCAACUCUCUUUCCAUGCUAAACCUUGACACACUGGCAUGGCACAACCUGACAGCAGAAGAACAUCAGCAGGGACUAGCUUCAGGUGUACAGUCGGUUGAAGAGGAAGAAGGCAGUCUGCAUUGGCCAAAAGCACGAGCUGGGCACUGUGCAGUAACCGUCGGCACACGUCUGUACAUCUGGAGUGGGCGAGAUGGAUACAAAAAGUUCAAUAACUACCAGGUCUGCUGCAAAGAUCUGUGGUACCUGGAAACAGACAGGCCUUCCACCCCUGGUGCAGUGUUCCUUGUCAAGUCCACAAUCAAUAUGCUACAUGUUGCCUGGCGCCCCCUACCUGCAGCUGAAUGUUAUUUGCUUCAAGUGCAGCCCAUCACUUCUCCACAUUCCCAAUCCAUUGAGCCACAGUCAAUACCAACUCCUCAAGACCCAGGACAUGGGAAGGAACCUAUACAAAAAGAUUCCCAGCCAUUUCAGAAAAUAGGAAGUGUAGAUGCCAAAUUUGGAGGAGAGAAGGACUCUUCAUCACAAGAAAGCCUUUUGAGGCCUAUAGAAAUGGGUGAGGAUGAAGCAGACCAGUCAACAGGGGACAAAAGUAGAAGAGGAAAAAACUCUUCUUCAGAUGUCCCACCUAUGACACAGACUGAAAGUAACACAUCUCCUAUCCCAUCCCAACAGACAGAGAAUGCAGAGGACUCAGUGUGGUUUGAUGUGGGUGUGUUUAAAACACUGUUCUGUGAGGUUACACACUACUUCCUGCCUUCUGAAGGAGGUGACCUGGCAUCAAUCUUGUCUGGUCAAAACUCAGCUGACAGUGAGUGGAAGCUGCCAGGUCCUCAUAGUUUCACAGGUCGUGAGAAGCAGGAGUUGGCUUCAGGGGUCACAUACAAGCUCAGAGUGGCUGGACUAAACAGCUGUGGUCUGGGAGACUUCAGCCCCAUCAGUGAGUUUAAGACCUGUCAGCCUGGAUUUCCGGGGGCGCCAUCUGCUGUCAAAAUCACCAAGGAUAAAGACUCCGUGCACAUCACUUGGGAGCCUCCCACCUCUCUGUCUGGGAAGAUCAUGGAGUAUUCCAUGUACUUGGCCGUGAGAAAGAGUCGAGGGAACAACUCAGAGCGACCUGGCGAUUUGGCCUUCAUCCGAAUCUACCGCGGCACUAAGACUUCAUGCACAGUCAGCGAAGCGCAACUAAGCAACGCGCACAUCGACUGCUCUGCACGGCCUGCUGUCGUCUUCCGCAUCGCAGCCAAGAACGAGCAGGGCUAUGGUCCGGCCACUCAAAUCCGCUGGCUGCAAGAUGCGAGUAAACUCAAAUCCUCAGUGAUGCAGCUGGACUCUAGUUCUCAACCAGCAGAGCCUGACACCACCUGCAGAUGAACCCUUAUCCCUGAUGGGUCAGCCAGCUUCUUUAGUGACAGCUCUGUUUUAAUAUUAUAAUUCAACACCUUUGAUGGCUGUACCAGAUCUUAACUCAUGUCCACUUUGGAAAUGGUGUUUAUGUCUUUGUCUUCUGAUGUUACAUUAGUGUUUAUACUGUAAGCAUUAGGUGUUCAGAAAGGCAAUGCCCCUUUCCUUGAUACAAUGUUUCCUUGUAUCAUAACAAAUGGGUCAUAAUCACUGUACAAUGUAGAUAACUUUUUAUAUGAGUUUAUUGCUGAACAAAAAUAUAAUACUUUUAAUGAGGCUUGUUGUAGCCACAAGGCAACACUUGUCUUGUUUCCUUUCAAAUCCCAGUUCUGGUUUUUGUGAGCAAAAUUCGAUCUUUGUGGAAAAUGAGCAACUUACCCAUCUUAAAAUGCAUGUUAUAGAUUUCUUAAAAUAGACCUGUGUAUUUUUAAGAACUGCAUAAUUGACAGUAAUUGAAAAAAAAAGAAAAAAAAAAGUGUUUUAAUUUAAUUGAGCCAAUUUACACAAUGGCAGUUUUUUUUCUUUUCUUUUUUUUCUCCCCAAUUUGGAAUGCCCAAUUCCCAAUGUGCUUUAAGUCCUCGUGGUGGUGUAGUGACUCGCCUCAAUCCGGGUGGCGGAGGACAAAUCUCAGCUGCCUCCGCGUCUGAGACCAUCAAUCCGUGCAUCUUAUCACGUGGCUUGUUGAGCGCGUUACUGAGGAGACCUAGCGUGCGGAGGCUUCAUGCUAUUCUCCGCGGCAUCCACGCACAAUUCACCACACGCCCCAUCAAGAGCGCAAACCACAUUAUGGUGACCACGAGGAGGUUAACCCAACGUGACUCUACCCACCCUAGCAACUGGGCCAAUUGGUUGCUUAGGAAGCCUGACUGGAGUCACUCAGCAUGCCCUGGAUUCAAACUUGUGACUCCAGAUGUGGUAGUCAGUGUCUUUACUUGCUGAGCUACACAGGCCCCCCAGUUUUUUUCCUUUCUUGAUCAGUUCAGGAUACACUAUUAUAGCAACCGAAGAAUACGCUUUCCAGCAUCAUACAUAAUUACAAUGCAUGUUGAAUGAGCAUUGUCUGUCCUUUAUGGGUAUUAUACUCUGAACAACUGAGACAAAAUCUCUCAUUUAAUCCUUUAGAACAUUCUCCUCUGUGUAAAUAUUUAUCCUGGUUGCAAGCCUGACAGAACACUGUUGAGUGCAUUAAUUAUACUCAGUAUCAGUAAAAUGUCUAUUAUAUUUACUCACACAGUACAAAUAGUAUAAUACAUCUACUAGGGGCUUUUUAAUAGCCCAUCUCUAAAAUUUUGUAUGCAGCUGUGCAUUGGAGAUUAUAUUUGGAUUAUCUUCCGUUACCAUUUCAUUAACCUAGAAAAAUACAGAGUAUUAAUUUUAAGUAUCUAUCACACAGAUUGUGCCAUGUACAGACGACUACGUAUCAACUUGAUACUUGCCAAGUUGCCCAUUUGUGUACACGAUGUAAAACUGGUGCUAUUUCUUGAUAUCUAUUAAAGGCUUUCAUUAUUUUUAUGUCCGUUCUCAUUCACCACAAGGCUUAAAUGACAGUUUGAUUGUUUUUUGUUUGUUUUGCUAUUUGUGUCAACAGUUUGCUAAAAAUUGCAUUUUAGUGCUAUUUUUUUGGCACCAAUUCCCAGAAUGGCCUUUUUGUGCAUUAGCCAAGAAUUGUUGCAAUAAAAC